AGAGGAAAAAAGAAAAGUGAGCUUUUAGUGUUUUAGCAUAAUUCUUUUUCAAACCUCCAAGAAUACCUGAGCAUACAUAUAUAAUAAUGAGAAUGAUAAUUCCAUUUUAAGAGAGGAGUAUAUAAAUUAUAAGAGAAAAAUCUUGCAAAAUUAUUUAGAUAAGCUUUAGGAUUAUCAUAGAAUGGCAAAUUAUAAAUAAGCUAGUAUGUAACCAUAUGGAGCUCCUAUUGGUGAUUUUCCUAUGGUUGUAGAUAAUGUUAUCAAAGAUUAUUGUAGAAAAGAUAGCAUAAUAACAAUAUCAGAAGUUGAUUAAUUAUUAGAUAAUUAGUAAAAGAAUAAGAAUUAGUCAUAGUUGAAAAGGUAUGCACUGCAGAUGAAAUAUUAUGGAUUAUAAGAAUCAUUUUAAAAGAUUUAAAGAUUGAUUUGAAAUAUGAGAAACUUUUAUAAUUAUUUCAUAAAGAUGCUCCAAAAUAUUAUAAUGCAACGUCAUCAUUGAAAGAAGUAUGUAAAGAAUUUGUUGAUAUAAAUCAUACACUUAAAAAUGUAUUAAGAAUAUUUCAUGCUAUUAAACCAAUGUUAGCAGCAAAGAAAUCUCCUGAAGAAAUUAGAAAAUUAAUAGAAGGUAAGGAAUUAUUAGUUGAAACUAAAUUUGAUGGAGAAAGAAUUCAAUGUCAUUUUACACCUGAAGUUAUUAGAUUUUUUACUAGAAAUUCUAAUGAUUACGCAUAUUUAUAUAAGGAUAAAUUAGGAGAAAUUAUUAGAUAAAGUGUUUAAGCUUAAUGUGCAACAUUAGAUGGAGAAAUCAUUGUUUUAAUAAAGAAGCUGGUGAUAAUGUUAGAUUUGGUUUGA